GUAUAUACGAUGAACCCUGGCGUUUUAUGAAAUUUCGAGCGUGUUCCUCUCACAGAGACAAUCUUAUUCAUCCCUCUACACUAGAGCAUCGCAAUGUCCUCGGGCAAGGUCGUCAAAGUCGCGGCGGUGCAAGCCGCCCCGGUCUCAUUCGACCUUCAGAAGAGUCUUGAGAAACUCACCAAGUUGGCGGCCGAGGCGGCGAAAAGCGGCGCUGACUUGAUCGUUUUCCCUGAAGCAUUCCUUUCGGCUUACCCCUGGCGCUACGCCUUCGACGCUACAAUAGGCGCGAGAGAGGCCCGUGGUCGAGAAUGGUACCGCAAGUACUACGACUCAGCCGUGGCCAUCCCGUCGCCCGAGGUCGAAACGGUCGCUGAAACGGCGCGGCUCCAUAACGUGUACCUUGCAGUUGGUAUCAUAGAGAAAGAAGGCGGCACGCUGUACUGCACGGCCUUGCUUUUUGGCAGAGAUGGCUCCAUUUUGUUGAAGCACAGGAAGUUGAUCCCAACAGCGGCCGAGCGCCUAGUCUGGGGACGGGGAGCGGGAGACGGUCUCGGGGUUGUGCAGACGGAUAUCGGCAAGAUCGGGACUCUGAUCUGCUGGGAAAAUUAUAUGCCUGCCGCGCGCAUGGCGCUCUAUCAACAAGGCGUAGAGAUAUACUUAGCACCAACGGCCGAUGACCUACCAACAUGGACGGCAUCAAUGCAACAUAUCGCGAAGGAAGGUCGCUGUUAUGUGGUUACGGUCAAUGCCAUGACCAAGGUCUCAGAUUUUCCAGCAGACUACCCUCCUUUCACCCCUGAACACCCUGAUCGCAGACCCGAUGGCGAACAAUGGGAGGCCGACGACAUUGUGAAUCACGGCGGCUCCUUCGUCGCCGGGCCGUUGGGUGGGCGGUUAACGGAGCCCGUGUGGGACAAAGAAAGCAUCGUGUACGCUGAAUUGCCGAUGUCGGCCGUUACCGAAUCAAGGCUCGAUUUUGACCCAGUGGGAAGCUAUAGCAGACCUGACAUCUUCACAUUGACCGUGAAUACAAAGCCCGGUACGAGCGUAAACUUCGUAGAGUAAAAGAGGGAUUAGGGCGGUCAGCUUUUAGUGUUAUUGAUGAUGGGGACAAAAACGUGGCAAAGCUGGGAUCUUGAGAGAAGUUUUUGAUGUCAGAUGAUGU